AUGGAGGCCGCGGCCUCCCAGGCGGCCUGGGAGCGCAGUGGGGGGAGGCUGGAGGAGCAGGAGGAGGAGGUGGACGAGUACGUGGUCGACCCGGCUCGCACAGCCAAGCUGCUCGUGUCUGGAGGCAUUGCCGGGGCACUGAGCAGGACCGCCACUGCCCCGAUAGACCGGCUGAAGAUGCUGCUGCAGAUCCAGGAGGGCAGAACACCCAUGACCAUGCGGCAGGGCUUCAAGCAGAUGGCGGCUGAAGGCACCAUGUCGGCCUUCUUCCGGGGUAACGGCACCAAUGUGGUGAAGAUUGCGCCGGAGACGGCAAUUAAGCUGACGCUGAACGAUGUGCUUAAGCAUGCUGUGGUGUCCGACCCCGACGACAUAACGCCAGCUCAGCGCAUGCUGGCGGGGGCGUUGGCGGGGGGCUCAGCUCAGGCCCUCAUCUACCCCCUGGAGCUGGUGCGCACCCGGCUGGCGGUCUGCCCCAGCGGCACCUACGGCGGCAUCUUCGACUGCGCUGGCAAAGUGCUGCGCCAGGAGGGCGUGCGCGCCUUCUACCGCGGCAUCGUGCCCUCCAUGAUCGGCAUCCUGCCCUACGCCGGCGUGGACAUUGCCGCCUUUGAGCUGCUCAAGGAACGCCUGCUGGACGAGUACGACAACCACCCCCCCGCGCAUGUCAUCCUCGGCGCGGGCAUGCUUUCCUCCUCCCUGGCCCAGUUCGUGUCCUACCCGCUGGCACUGACGCGGACGAGGCUGCAGGCCCAGGGGGUAGGCGGGCAGGCGGUGCGAUACACCGGCAUGAUGGACGUGCUGCGGCGGACCUUUGCCAACGAGGGCUUCCGGGGGCUGUACAAGGGAGCGGGGACGAAUCUCUGCAAGCUUGCCCCCGCCGCGGGCAUCAGCUGGUUUGUCUUUGAGGAAACCAAGCUCGCGCUCGGCGUGGAUAUCUGGGCAUGCGCGGAGGAGCUGCAACCCGUCUUCAGCGAGAUCGACCGCCUCAUUGCUGCAAAUGUGGCGCGCACGCAGCGCGCCUUUGCGACCGCCAGGAUUGGGCCCCACCACUUCCUGGGCUCCACAGGCUAUGGUCAUGGCGAUCUGGGCCGGGGUGCCCUAGACCAGAUCAUGGCUGAUGUGAUGGGCAUGGAGGCUGCGGCGGUGAGGAUCCAGUUUGUUUCGGGCACGCACGCCAUUGCCUGCGCCCUGUUUGGCGUCUUGAGGCCUGGCGACGAGCUCCUUUCUGUGGCCGGAAGUCCAUAUGACACGCUGGAAGAGGUGAUCGGCGUUCGCGGCACCCCUGGCUCCGGUUCGCUCGCCGAGCAUGGGGUCGGGUACCGGGUCCUCCCACUGGCGCCCGGCAGCGGCGCCAUAGACUGGGGCGCGCUUGCCACCGCCGUGAAGCCAGAGACACGCAUGGCCCUCCUGCAGCGCUCGUGCGGCUAUGCGGACCGCCCCACCCUCAGCCUGGAGGACAUCCGGCGAGCUGUGCAAGUCAUCAAGGCCCAGAGCCCUCGCGUUGUCGUGGCGGUGGACAACUGCUAUGGAGAAUUCACCGACACCGCUGAGCCCGGAGCGGUGGGGGCCGAUCUCUGCAUGGGGUCGCUCAUCAAGAACCCGGGGGGGACGCUCGUACCUGGCGGGGGCUAUGUGGCCGGAAAGCGCCACCUGGUGGAUGCCGCCCUGGCGAGGCUGACGGCGCCUGGCAUCGGGAGCGAGGCGGGCGCCGUGAACGGGGAGACCCUGCGCCUCAUGUUUCAGGGCCUGUACGCCGCCCCCCAAACGACCGGCGAGGCGCUGAAGGGCGGACGCCUCGCAGCAGCCGUCAUGCAGGGGGCUGGGUAUGGGGUGACCCCCGCCUCGGGUGCUUGUCGGCCCUGGUCUGCCAUCACCGCCAUCAGACUGGGUUCCCCGCAUGCCAUGGCUGCCUUUGCGAGCGCGGUGCAGGCCUCCAGUCCCAUAGGCUCGUAUGUGACCCCCACCCCGGGCGUGACCCCUGGGUAUGCCGACCCUGUGGUGUUCGCAGAUGGGACUUUUGUGGCAGGGAGCACGUCUGAGCUGGGCGCAGAGGUCACGGAGUCCAUGGAUUUUGACAUUUGCUAA